UUGCCUAACACAUACAGAUAACUCCCAGGUCGCUCUCCAAGGGACACGACAGUUUGACCAAAACGCCGCUUAAAAGCUUUUUCUUGGACGUCAUGAAUGCUAACACUGGCUCGUUCAGAAUAUGGACGAACUGUUUCGACGGUUCAUCAACGCCGCUCAGCCUUGCUGAAAGUCGAAAGUUCUCCAUUCAGCCUGGAAUGGACUGUUCCUCUGCAGUUACGCAGCAUCUGCUUUCGCGUAGAGCGAUAGCUACUGCUGCUACUGACGAGACCUUUCUGGUGGUUCUCGAAAUAGAAGACUACGCACCCGGAAUAUCCGAGGCCCUGAAAAACGCAUUAUCAGGCUUCCCAUCGGACCUUCUUGAGAGUGUAGAGUAUAAUCGCUCGACUGGGCAAAAUGUUGCGGUCCUUCCGAGGAUUCAGAGGCUCUCCUCCGGUGAAUAAGGGUUUUCAAAUUCCCUUUGAGCAUCCAUCAUGGCUUUAUUUUAUGGCACUGAACUCUCUGAUACAUCACAGUCGUCUCGGCAGUCGGCUUCUUGAUCAAUUAUCCUAU